UUUAUUUACUCAUAAUUUCGUUCAGCAAUAAUAAGCUUUGCUUCCGCUUCUGUUGAAAGUCAGUUAAAUAGAAUUUCUCCAAAAAGCGGGAGUGAGACACAAAAAGAACCAUUUAACCCAUCAUAGCCGUUCAUCUUCUUUUAUCUUUUUCAGUUAUUCUUUCUCAUUGAAUCUCAACCGUUCCUCGUUCUGUCAGCGGCGGUGGCUCUCAUCCUCCGCCGUCCGGACUUCCGCUGAUUAUUGAUUAUAUCCGAUAACUCUUGCCUUCCAAUUUAGCCAGAAAAUUGAUUAGCAGAUGAUGAGGGUGUCUCCUAUGUAGCGGUUUCUCACCGAGUUUUUUCCUCUUCUGACUGCAACUACUCCAAUGUGAUAACCAAAAGAUUCUAAUUUUGAAUAUUCUUGAUUAUGGUUGUGUUUUACAAACCAUAUUCAUUGCUGGCAAUUGAGAUUGGCGUCUAUUCGAGAGACCUGCUCUCUGCUUUCGCCGUCUCUGCUGUGAGUUUUACGAUCUACUGCAGCUUCUCGUCUUCAUUCCAUGUAUCAUAAUUUGGACCACUCUGUACAUCCGGACAUGGCAAUCCCUACCUUUAGGGCUUCCUUUAGCGGUGGUGAGCAUUGUGGGAGUAGGAAAUUGGAAAGAAAGCCUUCUGGCAGGAGGCGUGUAUUUGUUCAGACUGAAUCUGGUUUCGUUUUGGGAUUAGAAUUAGACAGGAGUGACAAUGCUCAUACGGUAAAGAAGAAAUUACAGCUUGCCCUUAAUGUUCCGACGGAGGAAACGUCACUGAAUUUUGGGGAUAUGGUGUUUAAAAAUGACUUGAGUGCAGUUAGAAAUGAUUCUCCGCUUCUUCUGACCAAGAAUUUUAUGCAUCGAAGCUCAUCUACCCCAUGUCUUUCACCUGCUGGGAAGGAUCUUCAGCAGAGUGACCAGAGUGGUCCAAUCGUGGUGUUAGGAUUUUCAAAUCACUUUGCUAGAGUGAAAGAAUUAGUUAAGGAGAUUGUGAAGGCAAUAAGGAUUGGAAUUGAUCCAAUUCCUGUUCAUAGUGGGCUUGGAGGAGCAUAUUAUUUUAAAAACUGCGAUGGUGACAAUGUUGCUAUUGUGAAGCCUACUGAUGAAGAACCAUAUGCCCCCAAUAACCCUAAAGGUUUUGUCGGCAAAGCUUUAGGACAGCCAGGUCUGAAACGUUCAGUGAGAGUUGGGGAAACAGGUUUCAGAGAAGUAGCAGCUUACCUUCUCGACUAUGAUCAUUUUGCCAAUGUGCCCUCAACUGCCCUUGUGAAGGUCACACAUUCAAUAUUCAAUGUCAAUGGUGGGGUGAAUGGAAAUAAGCAUCAACAAAUGGAACAGGUUAGCAAGAUUGCAUCAUUGCAACAGUUCAUACAUCAUGAUUUUGAUGCCAGUGAUCAUGGGACUUCAAGCUUUCCUGUUGCUGAUGUUCACAGAAUUGGGAUAUUAGAUAUACGAAUAUUAAACACGGACAGACAUGGUGGGAAUCUUCUGGUCAGGAAGCUUGAUGGCAUUGGGAGGUUUGAUCAGGUCGAGCUUGUUCCGAUUGAUCAUGGCCUUUGUCUUCCAGAAAGCUUGGAGGAUCCGUACUUUGAGUGGAUCCAUUGGCCACAAGCAUCAAUUCCUUUUUCAGAGGAUGAGCUUGAUUACAUUGGUCGUCUAGAUCCCUUUCAAGAUUGCGAUAUGCUGCGAAGGGAGCUGCCCAUGAUUCGAGAGGCAUGCCUCAGGGUCUUGAUUGUUUGCACGGUUUUUCUCAAGGAAGCAGCAGCUUUCGGUCUCUGUCUUGCUGAGAUUGGAGAGAUGAUGAGCAGGGAGUUUCGAGGUCAUGAAGAGGAACCUAGUGAGGUUGAGCUUAUAUGCAUUCAAGCAAGAAGUCUACAAGGGGAGAAAGAACGUUCUUCCUAUGAGGCAAAAGCAGGAGACAUUCCGGAGUUUCAGUUUGGUUUUGACAGUGAGGGUGAGGAUUUAGACUUUAAUUUGAACAUGGGAGACAAAUUGGCAAUGAAAUAUCUCUGUUCUCAAUCUGCAGGUGAAAAUGGCCCAAUUCCACUUUCCAGGGUGGUAGAGAGUGUGGAGGAGGAGCAGGAAGAAGUUGAAGAAACUGAAGGAAAGGAAUUAUCUGCAAGCACAGAUGAAAAUACUGAUCCCACGCAGGAUGGAGUUCCAACAAUUUUGAAGCCGCCGGUGUUAUUGAAAAGCAUCAGUGCUGGUGAGAAGAGUUGGCGACAUGUGGGUGUGAUACAUAAAAGUGGGUAUUUGGCCGGUACUUCAUCUGGAAAUAGGAGUGUGAACGAGCAGCUUCCUGCGAGUGCUAGUUUUGUGAAGUUCACUGAUCUAACUGAAAGGGAAUGGGUGCAGUUCCUUGAGAAUUUCCAGACGUUACUAUGCCCAGCUUUUGGUAAUCGUAAAUUAGGGAAUGUUGGUCAGAGGCAUAGACACAGACUCGGAACAUCUUGCCAGUUCUGAGAAGUAGUUAACAGACAUCACAAAGCAGAAAAGAGAAAGUUUUGAAGCCAGAAUGUCUAGUUGGUUUGAUCUAUAGUCUUAUAGAUAUUUAUCGGAGUAUGAAGUUCAUUUGCGAUUAGGAAUAAUCCUGAACUUUAAGGAUUGUAGAUUGCGGUCUUCAACUACUGGAGGUGAGGAUUAAGUUUCUUGUCAUUUAUAUAAUCUCUCUUUGCUAUAUUUUAUUGGUUGCAGUGCUCCAUGUUCAGUAUUUAGAAACAGUGUGGGUAGCAAAAUAAGACAAUGUAUAGGCAUGGUUGUCAUGUAGAAAGCACAAAACUACAUAUACUUCGAGUAAUGUCAGGUAUUUGCUUUGUGCUUUCUUAUAUAGUUAGAUAUGAGAAUGUAAUGGCAGUACAUCUCUUUGAUAUCCAGUUUUUAUCUAAAAUUAUAUAUGUGAUUAUCAAUAAA